AAGGGAGGCGACGAUGGCGCUGCAGGACGUCUGCGGGCUGCCCCGCGGCGAGUGGGACUGGAACCCGCUCGGAGGCGCCGCCACGCAGCCGGGCGCGGUUGGCCAUUACGCCUUUGGGGCGCGGGAGCCGCAGAUCGCCUUGCCCCCGGGGAGGCAGCCCUCUGAGUUCCUGAAGACUCACUGUGAGGAUGGCAGUGAUGGGCACCAGAUCGAGCUGGCCCAUGGCACCACCACCCUGGCCUUCACCUUCCAGCACGGGGUGGUUGUAGCCACAGAUUCCCGGGCAUCAGCUGGCAGCUACAUAGACACAAAGGUGUGUAACAAAGUGAUUGAGAUCAACCCCUACUUGCUGGGCACAAUGUCUGGAAGCGCCGCUGACUGCCAGUACUGGGAGCGGCUCCUGGCCAAACACUGCAGGCUGUACUACCUGCGCAACAAAGAACGGAUCAGCGUUUCGGCUGCCUCCAAGCUGCUGGCCAACAUGUUAGCCGAGUACCGGGGGAUGGGGCUUUCUGUGGGCAGCAUGGUGUGUGGGUGGGACAAGAAGGGUCCUGGCCUUUACUACAUAGAUGAUAAUGGGGUGCGCCUGUCGGGUCCCCUCUUUUCCACGGGUAGUGGCAACUCCUAUGCCUAUGGAGUGCUGGACAGUGGGCACCGUCCCGAUCUCAGCGUGGAAGAGGCCUAUGAUCUUGGCAGACGGGCCAUUGCUUAUGCCACCCACCGUGACUCCUAUUCAGGCGGGGUGGUGAACAUGUAUCACAUGAAGAAAGAUGGAUGGAUCCGGGUCGGACGCACAGAUGUCAACGAGUUGCUUCACCAGUAUGCAGAAGCUAAGAAAUGAGCCAAGAGGACCAUUGAGGACCUACAAUGUCAGGAGAAGUUUUGACACUCAGGGCUGAAGGAAGGAAAGGGAAGGAGACAUACAGCAAUGACGGGGCAAUAGUAAAAUUAAGUUCAAUCUG